AUGGGUCAUAGUAGGCCGAUUUUCCUCGUAGCAUUAUUGUGCUUGAGUGCUUUUGAUGUUUUCGGGAGGGAGCUAGUAAGCGUCGAAGGUGAUCGUGACGAGAAGUUUCUUUUUGGGGGAAAGGGUGGAUGGUUAGGGGGUGGUUUUGGUAAAGGUGGUGGUUUAGGUGGAGGGGGAGGCGGCGGCGGAGGCGUCGGAGGUAAAGGUGGAGGAAUAGGGGGUGGAAUUGGAAAAGGAGGAGGAAUUGGAGGAGGGAUAGGCAAAGGAGGAGGAAUUGGAGGAGGGAUAGGCAAAGGAGGAGGGAUAGGGGGUGGGAUAGGCAAAGGUGGAGGGAUUGGGGGUGGUAUAGGCAAAGGUGGUGGCAUUGGUGGUGGUGUAGGCAAGGGAGGAGGAAUUGGAGGAGGAAUAGGCAAAGGUGGAGGAAUUGGUGGUGGAGUAGGCAAGGGAGGAGGAAUUGGGGGAGGAAUAGGCAAAGGUGGAGGAAUUGCCUCUCUCGGGGAAGAAGCCGGAGGGUAUGGAGGAAGAAGAUUGGAAUCUUCUGGACAGAAAAGCCCUCGGAGUUAUCAGAUUGACAUUAACUCGUAA